UUACCAACAUGACAGCUGCAUAGCUUGAAGUGAAAGUGCAUUCCGCAGCAUACAAAAUGUAAAUAAGUUCCGUAGUGUUAUCACCCAGCUGAUAGAGAGUUUUACGCUUCAUGGCUUGGAAAAAUUACGUUUUGUGACUAAAUUUUGGAUAGUGAAAUCCAAACAAAGCUCGUCAAAAGUUGAAUCUACCUCAAAAGUGUGAAUAGUUCCCGGCAAAAUGUUACGCAAAGUGGGAUUCUCGAAGGUUUGGCACUGGGGCUGCCAAGGAGUUCGAAGCACAGCCAGCAGAUACGCCAGCUCAUCUAGUGGAUCCGUUCCGAAGCGGAUAUGUAUUGUAGGAGCCGGGCCGGCUGGAUUUUACGCGGCUCAGUAUAUUCUGAAACACUUGGACAAUUCUCAGAUCGAUAUUGUGGAGCGGCUACCGGUUCCUUUUGGAUUGGUGAGAUUCGGUGUAGCGCCAGACCAUCCCGAGGUGAAAAAUGUCAUCAAUACUUUUACGAAAACAGCGGAGAAUCCGCGGGUGCGAUUCUUAGGUAAUCUCAGCCUCGGAAAAGAUUUCACUCUAGACGAACUCAGGGAUAGAUAUCAUGCUGUUCUUUUGACAUAUGGAGCAGACAAGGAUAGAAAGCUUAACAUUCCGAAUGAAAACUUGACAAACGUCCUAUCGGCUCGGGAAUUUGUUGCCUGGUACAAUGGUCUGCCUGGCUUUGAGAAUUUGAAUCCCAAUCUCAGCGGCAGCACGCUGACAUUGCUUGGGCAGGGUAAUGUCGCUGUUGACGUAGCUCGAAUAGUGCUGUCUGGGGCAGAUUUAUUGAAGAACACUGACAUAACCGAAUAUGCGCUGGAGGCACUUUCGCGAAGCAACAUAAAGAAGGUGCUUCUCGUGGGCCGACGUGGCCCCUUACAAGCGGCAUUUACUAUCAAGGAACUACGAGAAAUGCUCAAACUGCCAAACUGUGUUACAACAUGGAGACCCGAUGAUUUACAUGACUUGGAGGAGGCUCUACCCAACUUACCGCGACCUCGCAAACGAAUUACGGAACUGAUGAUGAAAAGCCUCUCAGAGCAAACUGCCCAGCAAACCUCCUCAGUCAACAGCAGCGGCAGUAAUAAAUUCCAGCCGAUAUUUUUCCGCUCUCCGGCGAACGUUAUCGGAACGGAUCGAGUUGAGGCUAUUGAAUACACCGUCAACGAACUGGUGGACAAUCGAGCCAUUCCCACCGACGAGCGGGAAAUCAUCCCAACCGAUCUGGUAUGUCGCAGUAUCGGUUACAAGUCGGUCAAUGUGGACUCCGCAUUGAACUUUGACGAACGCAAUGGUUGCGUCUCGAAUGCUUCCGGUAGGGUGCUAAAGCAAACGCUGACCGGAAGCGAUCAAACGAUCGACGAUAUUGAAGAUAAGUAUGAAAAGGGUUUGUACGCUUCGGGUUGGCUCGCGACGGGUCCCACCGGAGUUAUCCUUACGACGAUGAACAAUUCGUUCGGAGUGGCAGAUUUGAUUUGCAAGGAUUUUGCGAACAACGUCAUUCGAGUGAAGGAAUCUAAACCGGGAUUGGAAAUGAGUGGUAAAAGGGUAGUCACUUGGGAUGGCUGGAAGUUAAUCGAUGCGGAAGAAUGUCGUCGAGGGGAGCCGAAAGGAAAGCCUCGGGAAAAGAUAGUCAAGGUCGAUGAAAUGCUGAGCAUAGCUGACGGCAAAUGAGACACAUAAAUAGCGAAGCUAAAAAAAUGGCACUUGGUUGCGUAUGACGUAUUGUUUUAGGUAAGUGAUAAAAGUUUAUUGGCAAUUUAUUAGUAAAAACCAAAUUAACACGCUGGCGUAUGGGAUUCUUUCUAUUAGUAUUGAUUAAAAUUAUAUUCAUAUCAAUUUA